AUGACCGUACAUAUACUAGGAGCGAUUGUAAUCGCAGUACAAGUAGUUUUAGUGUCCAGUCAAGCAUGCCCAACAUGGUUUAUACGGCAAGCAAACAAUUGUGAGUGUGGACACCAGAUGGAUAAUGUAUUGCAGCGAUUGAAUGCAAAAAACAGGAUAGAAAUAGUAGACGGUUUCUGCUUAACCUACAACAAUGAUACAGAACAUUUUGGAGCCUGCCCAUACAACACCAAAAGCCAACUGUAUAAAUUAAAUGAGGUACCCUCUGAUGUAUCAAAUCUAGACGAGGAGAUGUGUGGUCCUCUCAAUCGCACAGGACUGCUCUGUAGUCACUGCCAACCAGGACUGGGACCAGCUGUCUUCUCUUACUACAAAGAGUGUAAGGAAUGCAUCCCACAGCCUUUAGGAUGGCUACUCUUCUUUGUCAGGCUUACAGUACCAUUGACUUUGAUCUGUGUGAUUGUUAUUGUGUUCCAGAUAAAUAUUGCCUCUCCAGUUCUGAAUAGCUUUGUUUUGAUGGCUCAGGUGCUAAGCACUGAAUUGUGUAGAAAUGACCCAUUUGCUAUAAGCGGAUAUACCCCCUCCUAUUCAUUUCUUAAAUUUAUGGCUGAUUUGUUCGGGCUAUUCGAUUUGGACUUCUUCAUGUUCCUAAUUCCUUCAUUUUGCAUCAGUGAGCACAUGAGCACACUUACAGUCGUAGCAUUGGAAUACCUAGAAGCUCUAUAUCCAAUCGUUUUUACUUUGGCUGUAUACUUGUUCAUUUCGCUCCACGACAGAGGAUGUAGAAUAAUUGUACUUUGCUGGAGGCCAUUUCAUAAGUGCUUAGCAAGGUUUCGGAGAUGCUGGGAACUAAAAGGCUCUGUAGUAAAUGCAUUUGCAACGUUCUUUUUACUAUCCUACAGCAGAUUUUGUUUGAUUUCUUUAAACCUGUUGAAGCCAAUACCUUUAUAUGACAAAUACGGAAAUGUAACAUACACUCUCUUCUUCGCAGCUGAUUUCAAUACGGGGACAUAUAUUCCCCUCGCUAUACUAGCAUCAAUCAUCACUGUUACCAUGGUAUUCCUACCAGCAGUGUUUUUACUAUUCUACCAGAAUCGUUUCUUUCAGAGAUGCCUCUUUUCCAGCAAAAUUAAUUGUGUUCUAAUUCACGAGCUAGCAAACAUCACACAAUGCAACUUCAAGAACGGAACAACACCUGGUACUAGGGACUGUCGAUGGUUUGCUGGUGUGUACCUGCUGGUGAGAAUAAUAUUCAUCGCCUUUAAUGCACAGAUGUAUCACCUUGUUGUGUACCAAAUGGUCUUCAUUAUUUCACCUGCUAUCCUCCUUGGUUUACGACCAUACAAGAAAGACCGUUACAACUAUUUCGAUGCUUUUCUCUUACUAAUAUUUGCGAUAGGAUCAGCUUUGUACAUUUACCGCAAGGCAUUCCAGAAUAUUGGUUGGCUUUUUGCAUUAAUUAUCGUUAUAGGUAUACCAGUAUUGUACAUAGGACUAUUCCUUUCAUGGAUGAUAACAGCCCUUACUAACCGUGGUUUCAGCUGCUGUAGUCGAAAACGAGUUGCAUACCAAACAAGAUUGUCUGCAGAUAAUAAAGCCCUUCCACACCGUAUAAGACACCCAAGCGAAUACAUGCCGCUGCUAUCACAGCCCAUUUGA